AUGAAGGGAUACGAAGAACAAAGUGACGGAUUUUUAGAUAAUGGAACCGGAGGAGUAACCACGGAGGACUGGGGCGAAUACACGGACCCAUCAACGGCAUCAUGGUUGACAGGGAAAGAGUUAACUACUGAGGACUACGACGAUUUCACCGCUAGAGUGACGGACGAACUUGGAUGGAAAACGACGGAAUAUCCAGAAGAUACCAAUGAGUUCUCCGGUGGUGGAUUUGGUGGUGAGACCACGGAUGAAUGGGAUGGGUACGCAGACGGAUCAACCGAAUACUGGUGGCCGAGACUUAAAGUGACAACGGAGCGUUUUAGCGAGUUAACAGACAAUGUGGCUGACGUGAGUAAUGUGAAUACGAAGAGAUUCCCAGAACAAACGGAGGGAUUUUCAGACGAUGGAAUCGGAGGAGGAAUAACGGAAGACUGGGGAGCGUUUACGUACGCAUCAACCGAAUACCGGUUGCCAAGAGAAGAGCUAACUACAGUGAGCCACCAUGAUUUCACAGCCAGAGUGACGGACGAACUUGAUGGGAAAACGGCGAAAUACCCAGAACACACCGAUGAAUACUCCGAUGGUGGAUUUGGUGGUAAGGCCACGGAUGAAUCGGUUGAGUACACAGAUGGAUCAACCGAAUCCUGA